GUGAUAUACACUGUGAAGACCUAUGGUGAGCUACAGAUACCAGACCCAGACAAGAUCAAGGAUUUACUAAACAAACUGGUUGUGGUGAAGCUGAAUGGCGGCCUGGGCACAAGCAUGGGUUGUACUGGCCCAAAAAGUGCCAUCAGUGUCAGAAAUGAACUGACCUUCCUAGACCUGACUGUCCAGCAGAUUGAGUAUUUGAACAAGACAUAUGGCACAGAUGUUCCCUUGGUGCUCAUGAACUCCUUCAACACAGACGAAGACACACAGAAAAUCCUCAAGAAAUACGGACAAGUCCGGGUCAACAUAUACACCUUCCAUCAGAGCAGAUAUCCAAGAAUUAAUCGAGAGUCUCUCUCACCAAUACCCACCAACUGUAGCCAUGAUGAUAAUGAGGGACCUAUAAUUUACACUUUGUCAUUCAUACCUGUUAACAUAUGGAUGAUUCCUUUACAGGGUGGUACACUUGUGGAGUGUGAUGGAAAACUUCGACUUUUAGAAAUUGCCCAAGUACCAAAAGAACAUGUAGAUGAAUUCAAGAGUGUCAGUAAAUUUAAAAUUUUUAACACCAACAACCUGUGGAUAAGUCUAGAAGCCAUGAAGAGAGUAGUGGAUGAGAAAACACUAGAUAUGGAAAUCAUUGUCAACCCUAAGACACUUGACAACGGCCUCAAUGUGAUACAGCUGGAGACGGCCGUGGGGUCAGCCAUCAAAAGUUUUGAAGGUGCUCUAGGUAUAAAUGUACCUAGACGCAGGUUUUUACCUGUCAAGACGACCUCUGACCUGCUGUUGGUGAUGAGUAAUUUAUACAACAUGAGGACAGGCUCUCUGGAGAUGAACCCUAAACGGUGCUUCCCCUCUGUCCCACUUGUCAAAUUAGGCUCUCACUUCAGUAAGGUGAAAGAUUUCCUGUAUAGAUUCUCCAACAUUCCCGAUAUGUUGGAACUCGAUCAUCUAACGGUGUCUGGAGAUGUUACCUUUGGCAAAAAUGUCACCCUCAAGGGAACAGUCAUCAUCAUAGCCAAUCAUGGUGAGAGAAUUGACAUCCCCUCUGGAUCUGUGUUAGAAAACAAAAUUGUUUCUGGAAAUCUCAGAAUUCUGGAUCACUAGUCUACCUGAUGUUGAUGCUGCUCCCUCAGACUUUCCAUAACACAGCCUGGGAUACAAAAACACAGUGAGGGCCCAACCUACAACAACAACACGGGAUCUUAAAUACAACCAGAGCCCAACCUACAACAAGAGCGCAGAAACACAACGAAAGAUCCCAAAACAACAAGGGACACUAAAAUAAGUGGAAAAACGUGAAUGUCAAUGGAUCCUUAAGUAAAAGCAGGGAUCUACAAUGGAUCCCUACAGAGACGUCCAAUAUUUGAACUUAAUGGAACUUUUAUGUACUAAACAUAAUACUAAUGUCAAAAAUGUUAUUUUGUUGUCUGUUGAUGCUUAAAAGUGUUAUUUUGUUUGUAAAUUUUGAUUUUAAGAAAAGCAUUUAAACACCGAGUUAUUUCCUUUAAAUGAUAUGUAUUGUCCAAUGCUUCAACUUGUUGCCAUGGUUCCAGCAGACCAUGACAAUAUGUCUGUAGUAUAGACAUCGAGUGUGAAGCAUGUGUGUUGUACCGUGUGUUUAAACUCCCCUACUAGUCUGCUGGUUGUGUACUGAUUAUUCCCAAGCAAUGUACACUUAGGAAUAACAGAUGAAACUUUGUUGUGACUUGGGUGAAAACUUCCCUAAAGAGAUACAGUAUUGUCACACCUCGUUUUACCUAUAUUACAUGGGUGGGUUUUGAGAGGCUGUAGUGUUUAUGUGUGGUGUCGUCUGUUCUGGUACGUAGAUAUUGUAGCUUGUUAGCCAGAGUUGUUUCACAUCGUUACGGUGAUUAUGAGAUUAUCACGAUGAGCAGGGAUAGGCUGACUACUAAUGUGAAAUAGAAAGCUUCUCACAAUAUUUAAUCAUCAUAAUUAAGAAUAGUUUUCCUUGGAAGUCCCAUACCUGUUCAGUAUAUGUUUAUUUGAUUAACUAUGCAGAAUGUCCAGAAUUACAAACAGAAUGUAUGUUACAGAUAUGUACCAGACAAUCUUUAGGCUAUAGAAUAUAGGAGAUCUAGAGUGCUAUUUGUGAUUGCUGGAAUGAGAACUGUUAUGGAUUACCAAUAAUUAGCUUCUAGCUGGAAUAUAAAUUGUUGUUACGGAUUAUAAAAAGUUGUUACCGUAUGAGGAUAUUUUGCUUUUUGCAGUAGCAGGUAUAAAGACUGACAUUUAGUGUUACCGCUUUAUUUCAGGGAGUCGGAGUCUGAGCAAUUACUUACAGAAUUUUACAAUGUAUAUGUUGCAGCGUGUGGAAACUAGAGUUUUGAUAUGGAGGCGUUGCUGUCAGAGAGCAUUGUAGAACUUUACAAUAUAACUCAGCAAUGUAGCUGAGCCCAGCUUAUUUCGACAUGAAAGAGAAUUGUCAACAGGGCCGAAGUGAGGUGAAAUAGGAUGUGUAUGUGUAUGGCUGAACUGCAGUAAGAUAGGAUAUAGGGAAUCCAGUUGUGUGCGUAUCUGACAACAAAGAGGAGGUUGAAGGGAGUGGUGCUGGUUCAUCAUCACUCUAUUGACUAGGAGCAGCGCCAUUUAUGGGUAGAGAAAUUUUCUGUCGAUAUUUUAUGUUCUUGAUGCAUAAUUUUGAAUUGUUUAUCUAAUAUAUAUUUAGUUUGUUGGUAUAAACACAUGAGUGGUGUGGUAAUCAUGAGUGUAUUUCACGUACAUUCAUCGUUAUAUUUGUAUUUCAAUUGUUGCAGCAUAUCUACAUCAUUUACACAAAUCCAAGCAGAAUCUUUGUCGAAUAAAAGAACUACCAAUGGACACAGGAAAAUACUGAGACUUUUUUAGAUAUCAUAAUGAAUGAAGGGGUAUAUUAACUCUAUAACAUUUUUAUUGAAAAGGGUAAUUGUAACUUGUAAAUUUACUGUAUUACAGUGUAUAGUGAACCAUCUAGUCACUAGUUUUUGCGCAGCUAGAGUUUUUCUUUGGUCCGUACAGCACUGUUGUAAUAAUUGGCAGUCUCAUUAUCUCCACCCAGCAGAGGCACUUGGAUUAACUUUGGAGAAAAUCUCGGUAACAAAUAUAUUCAAGUUUGUUUUUAUUUUGAUAAAACAUAAGAUAUUGAUUGAUGCUAAUUAAACACUUUUUAAAUACCUUGUUGGCGUAACAUGAGGUUGCUGGUGGUGUGGAUAUGUGAGAUAUCAGACAGCUGAGUCAAUGGAGUUUACAACAAGUGAGCUGUGAGAUAUCAGACAGCUGAGUCAAUGGAUGUUACAACAAGUGAUCUGUGAGAUAUCAGACAUCUGAGUCAAUGGAUGUUACAACAAGUGAGCUGUGAGAUAUCAGACAGCUGAGUCAAUGGAUGUUACAACAAGUGGGCUGUGAGAUAUCAGACAGCUGAGUCAAUGGAUGUUACAACAAGUGUAGUAGACAGAUGUGUUAUUUGACUUGUGUACGAGUGUAAGGUAUCAGACAGCAGUAUAAGUGGAUAGUUAAGAGUGUAUGCACAACUUAUCAAAAGUUUCUGUUUAGUGGAAUCAACGCAUUUUACAUGAACAAGGAAACAUUUGUUUGAAAAAGCUUAAUGAUUUGUUUGCCUUUAACUGUGCUAGUCACAAAAUUAUAAAAUUAUAACCAGAUUGUUCCUACACUUUUUGCAUUAAGUGAUAUAGAGCUAGUAUAUACAUCCAGCGGUGUACAGGUUUACAAUGUAUGUAGCCAUAGUUUAUUCAUAUUAUAGUUAAUAACAUAAAAAGGGCAUGUUUCCUUAGUGAUCACACAAUUUCAGUAUUUAUUUGGUGGUUUACAAAAGAACCAUUUGGUUUAUGUUUCCACGAUGAGCUGUCAAGCCUCUGUAAUCCAGCCACUGUUAACCCAGUUGUCCCUUUAAUCCAGUCAAUAGUUGAGUUACCCUGCCUUCCAGUCACCACUGAUCUAGUUGUCCCUUUAAUCCAGUCAAUACUUGAGUUACCCUGCUAUCUAUAGUCACCACUAAUCCAGUUGUCCUUUAAUCCAGCCGCCACUUAUCUUGUCACUUUAAUCCAACGUCCACUACACUUAUGUUGCUAUCCAGUCACUAAUCUGGUUGCUCCGUUAUGCUAUUCAGAACUGUUCAGAUAGCUGGUUAGGCAGGUUGCUGGAUUACAGAGGCUAUGCUCUAGGUAGGUGGUUUGUAACUGUAUGCUUGUGUGUGGCAUCGGGGAUUGUUAUGGAGAUGUUAAUGAGACAUGACGAUAGUAAUUGUACAUUAAAUGUAAAAUCUAUUGUA